AUGGCCACGACCGCGCAAGGCUACGACGCAGGCACGACACGUCCUCCACUAAACAUACUGCCAUCCUACUCGCUUGAUGACAUCGCACAACCCUCGCCUACACGAUCAAAUUCGCAUCUCAUCGUCAGGAUGGCGAACAGGGGCUACGAUGUCGUGGUCGAUGUGGAUCAAGAGGGCGACCUAGGCCACACCGAUCUACAAGACGAUGGCCUCGAUUUCCACCAGUCCAACUUCACAAACCCGCCCAACGCCCGAAAAGUCCAACCAGACAGCACGCCCUUCCUCUCCUCCUCCACAAACCCAGCAACCCUCCCCAACGAUGCACCCGCUGCGACGGGUAAGCGCAUGCUCUGGACGAUCUCCUUCUACGCCCAAUUCUUCGACGUCGACACCACGACCGUCCUCCACCGCUGCCGCACCGCCCUGAUCCCCUUCCUCCCCGCAACCCCGCCCUUCCUCGACACCCUCGACGGCAACCCAGACCUCUACGGGCCCUUCUGGGUCGCGACCACCGUCGUCGUCAUCCUCUUCUUGACAGGAACGAUCAGUCAGAAGCUAGCAAGCGAGGGCAAAGCACACUUCGAAUACGACUUCAAACUCCUGAGUGGCGCCGCAGCCUCAUCUACGGGUACACCCUCUUCGUCCCGCUCGGGCCUCGAACUCGUCGAAUGCUGGGCGCUGUACGGCUACGGAAAUCUAUUCUGGAUCAUCGUUGCGCUGCUGAGCUGGUCUCCGUUGAAUGCGUUGAAUUACGUGCUGGUCGGGGUCGGGUUUGCGGUUAGUGUGUUCUUCCUGUUGAAGAAUCUGUAUCCGGUGAUCAGCGCGACGGAUAAGAAGAUCAGUCAGGUGUUGUUGGUCGCGGUGGUGGUGUUGCAUGCGGGAAUGGCGGUGGCGAUCAAGGUGUUGUUCUUUAGUCAUGGGAGUCCGGCGAAGAGUGGUGGGAGUGGAGGGGGAGAUACGACAGGUGGAGGUGAGGUGCCUGCUGGUGAUGGGGGUGCUGCUGGGCGCAUGAUGAUUUUCUAA